AAUAAAAUAAAGUGGUGUAGUAGUAGUAGCCAAGGUUGAGGACACAGCUGCUUCAGCUUGAAAACUUACACUUUAUAAUCACUAGGAGAAAUAGAAAGAUAAAUUCUAAUUCCCCUUCAGUUGAGUAAGGCCUCAACAGCGCAGCUUUGAGUGUCCAUUUUAACCUGGCAGUGUACUACAAUAUACGGAAUUAGGUUUAGUAAAUUAGCCUUAAUUAGGUCCAAGACCCCUCCUGAAAAUUUGUUGCCAAUGGAGAAUUACAAAAUCCUUGGAAGGAUAGGAGAAGGAGCUCAUGGAGUUGUUCUAAAAGCCAGACACACACAAACAGGUGAUCUGGUUGCCCUGAAAAGGGUCCACUUGAAGAAACCAGCUGAUGGAAUACCAAAUUCUGCUCUGAGGUAUCAUUAUGAGUUUAAAAGUCCUUCUCUUUUUUAUAGCUUCAAAAUUCUCAGGGAAAUCAAGGCACUUCAAGAAAGUGGAGAAAAUCAUCAUGUUAUCUGUCUACGUGACAUGUUUCCUCAUGGUCCUGGAUUUGUACUGGUCUUUGAUUACAUGCUCUCUGAUCUUGCUGAGGUUAUUAGAAAUGCCGAAAAGCCACUAACUGAAGCGCAAGUAAAGAGUUACAUGACGAUGCUUCUGAAAGGCGUGGCUUAUCUCCAUGACAACAAAAUAAUGCACAGGGAUUUAAAACCUGCUAAUCUCCUCAUAAGUCAAACAGGUCACCUCAAAAUUGCUGAUUUUGGCUUAGCUCGUGUUCUAUCAACUGAACUAGGUAGACUCUAUAGCCAUCAAGUGGCCACAAGGUGGUACAGAGCUCCUGAAUUAUUAUACGGAGCAAGGCAGUAUGACACUGGCAUAGACAUGUGGGCAGUUGGCUGCAUAUUUGGUGAGCUAUUAAAUACUUCUCCUUUAUUUCCUGGCGAGAAUGACAUAGACCAGCUAUGCUGUGUACUAAGGAUACUUGGAACUCCAAGUGAAAGAAUAUGGCCGGGAAUGAGUCAACUUCCUGAUUAUCACAAGAUAUCGUUUUCAGAGAUGUCCCCCACUCCAAUGGAGGUUGUUGUUCCAGAUGCACUCCCCGAGGCGGUGGAUUUGCUCAAGUCUUUUUUAGUGUAUGAUUCAAGGCACAGGCUCUCUGCAGCUAAAGCACUUCUUCAUUCCUAUUUCUUUACUCCUCCACUCCCUGCUCAUCAUUCAGAACUACCUAUUCCAUCAAAGGCACCUCCUGGGAGAAAGACCUUUGACGUUUUUGCGCCAUUACAAGACUCCCUCGUUGACACUACUGCAUUACAAACUAUACUGUCUUAACAUGUAGUGAAUUAUACUAAAUUGUGUGCCCUCA